AUGGCGAAAUGGAAGGAGCUUGGAGAGGUGCCAGAUUCGGACGACGAAAGUGGCUUCGAUAGUAGUCAAGAAUCUGAACAUGAAUCUGAACAUGACCUUCCACUGCAGCAAAGUGGCGUUGGUAUCCUAGAUGAACCUGUUGUGGAGGGCCCAGCCCUUGAGGAUGAGAUUGUUUGGGAUAUACCCUUAUCAUCUCAAGUCUCUAAAAAUGAGCAUAACGUAAAUCGCAGUCCACUUCGACCGCAAUUACCACAAGCGCCCUCCGAGCUAGCAACGAUUCAUUAUCCCGAUUCAUCCCCUCUUUCGUCGCUGCCACCCCUUGAGCCUAGGGGCGAUCCCAAGGACUCAACCAAAACCGUCGAUACCAGCAAAGUCGAAUUAAAUGAGCCUCAAGUAUCGGAAAUAGUUUCUCCUAGUUCGCCUAAGCAAUUCAUCAAUGCAAUCUUCGAGUUAGAUGUCCCGGACGAGGGCGAAGAGGAUUCGAUACAGGAAGCAAUUCGGUCCGGGCGAUCUUUGAGGCCGCGGAAACCAAUCCAAGAGCAUCCUUACUUGCUAGAGAGUGCACAAUAUAGCAAGACACUCAAAUCACAUGGCGUGCGACCCUUGCGUAUGCAAAUCGAGGAGGCGGCGAGAAGAAGAAGGGAAGAGGAGGAUUCUCAAGAACAAGAUUAUGAGGAUGAAAGCCAAUCUACUGCCAGAGAGCUAGCUCAGGAGGAUUCGGGGGACAGUCAAAUAAUCCAACAUCCCGAUCUACUUGGUAUACCUGAUCUACCUGAGGAUACUGAUAUGGAAGGGUUGCCAGUAAUCAGAAGUCCAUCUCCACUCUCUGAACGCAGAGGUGCCGAACCCAACGUUUUUCUUGCGAGUUCACAAGAUGAUGAACUUCCGGAUCCGGCUGACACGGCCAAAUGGAAGCUAGGAAAGAGAUCAACUAUGGCCGCUAAGAGACAAGCUUCACCUAAGGCCUCUGGGAAACGAAAGCUGCCGAAGGUGCACCAGCCUGUCAGGUUUGCGAGGGCCGUUUCGCCACGAGCGCGAGCUGAUAGUGUGUUUAAUGUUCCACCAUCACCGCCGCAAACGAGUCCAAAUUUCAUGGCCUGCACGCCAGCCACUAGCACAGAACGCUCUCGACCUGUCACAACACUUACACCAAACCAAAGCAGUACGAUAUCAUCGAGGAAUCAAAGCCCUGCACCAGUAGACGAGAGUAAUGGCUUGAUUGACCUCAUCAUGAUAGAAGACGGCGACGAGCUUGGUAGCGGGCAAGACGCGGAAUCUAGUGAUCCCGAGAGCGAUACUGAAAUGGUACGAGUCGCAAUGAGGCGAAAGAUGCGUGGCGUCUUACCUGCUUCUUGGCUCCGACUUGAUCAGCCAGGUACGCGCCGGAAAAAUCCCCAGGAUAUUCCGCAACGGAGCCCCGAUCACUCACCGGAACGGACUCAGAGGAAAGGUGUAGCUCAACGCCGACAGGUCUCACCUCGACCUGGUGCAGAUGCGGCACUGUUCCUUGAUUCGGAUGAUGAUGACGAUGUAACUUUACGAGCUGAUGAUCUUCCCGAGUUUAAUAACAAUAAUAAUAUCCCUAUCUUCGAAGACGAUGCUGGUUCUGUUAUCGAAGAUGACUCGAUCGACUAUAUGCUCUCUAGGAAUAAAAGAGCCCACAUGGAUACCGAUGAAUUAGAACGACCUAAAAAACGGAGAAAAAAUCAGCAACCAACAUUUAAAGGGCAUCUAGGCCAGAAAAAACGGCAACAGAGGAUCACUGGGCUGCUGAGUAGGACAAAAAGUACGACGACUCGACCGAAUGCUAAGAAACGUGAUACGGAGAAUAAUUUAGGUGGAAGACGUCACACAAAAGGGCUUAGUAGAGUAGUAACUAAAUAUACGCCGCCGCCCCAGCUCAGUAUCCUGGAUGUUGUCGAACCGAAUGCGCCCCCUUUUAUUCGCAUAGCUGCUCGAACAGCGAACAGAAGAUCCGACAAGGGUAGAUCAAGCCCAUCGAAGAAACGUAUUGCACUGGGGACGCGCGAGGAUAAUAUUGAUGCUGCUAGCAUCCUGAGAGACUGGAAAAGGGGUCGUAUCAAGCCAAAGAUUACCACCAACGCUUCGACUAGGUCUCAAAUCGAGUUACCGAAGCCCCUUCGUUCUCUUUCUCAUAAUUCUGUUACCCAACCCCCAAAGGUGAUAUCCAAACCACGAAGUCGUGUUGUACCCUCAGGCCGCUUUUCACAGCCGCGGCGAAUGGUUAAACAGGCGAGCAUUGACAACUUUAUGACCAUCGAAACGGGAACAUCAUCUACACAUACUCAAUUUGACCCUGGAGCCUCUUUACCGAAGCGUUCUCAACUUGGCCGAAUCAACUCCCUCAACGCGGCUUCAAGGCCUGCGCAACUUGAAGCAGUUGGCGAACAGAUCGGGCGGCACGCUUUUCAUGCACGGAAGAGAGCUCUCGACGCACUGUAUAGAAAGUCACGUAGGGAAUUACCUACGCCAGCGCGAAUUGGACUCGAACGACUUAUAGGCCACAAUUUAUCUUCUGAAAGCUCUAAUAAGCAUACUGGGGAUUCGUCAUCUGGUGAUGGUCCCGAAAGACUUCAACCCGUAGCAGGACGAAAGCGUUUAAAAUUCCGGAAGCAUUUCCAGCCUCAACACGUGGAUACUACUGCACCCCAAUAUGCACAUGCUAAUGAUCCUCUACCUCGCGAAGUGAGUCCGAUAAGUCCUAUUGUCGAAGUGGCGCAUGCCUCAGAAUCCGCUGGUAAAUUAUUAGGACUUGGUCCAUUCGGUACACAUUAUACCCAGCACUUUGAGAUAUUCCCGCUCGAGCUUGGUGUUUUCUUCCAUGAGAGUACAGUUCUCGGGAACGGCCGACUAGUCAAGGCGCUGGACGAAAAGUCCCGUGAUAGCUUUCAUCAUCCAAGGGGCCGUGCUAUAUUCGUUCUCGGCGAGAAGACACUGCGGUGGGGCCAGUGGGAUGCUCAAACCUCAUCAGAAUUAGGCAUUGUCUUGGACUGGAUAGUGGAAUAUCUCUACUCGGAGUCUCCUGACCUUAGUUGGGGUAUAACUCCGGUACAAGCUGCAGACUUUGUACUGGAAUAUCUUCAGGAUCACAUAAGCUUCUCAGAUGAGGAGAGCGAGAAACAUUUUGCGGGCCGGGCUUUGGAAGUACUACAAACGUUCGUGCAACGCUUAGAGAUUCUGUCGCUCCAAUCUCAAGAUCGGGCUCGGUUGCUGAUAGAUGUAAUGAGUCGUGGUCUGAUUAUUUCAUUUCAAACCUUGCGGAUAUGCCAUAGUCUCAGCCAACUCUCAGAGACAUUUCAACUUGAAGAUGUACUGGGUAAAAUGGGCAAAAGGGCAGCUCGUGAAUUACUUGCGAGAGAUCUAGCAGAUAUACGGAACUUGUACUAUGAUUUACAACGUAUACCCUUCCGUGAAAGAGGUAUUCGGAACGAGCAUUAUUCGGUGGUCUGCUGGGUCAUACUCAUCCGAGUGCUCGAAGAGUCUCGUAUUCCGAGGUCCGGAUUCUGGGAUAUUGUCUCUUCUGUCAUCUCAAGUACGGAUCUUAACUCUGUUAACGAUGCGCAUACUUUCGAGCGUAUCUGGUACGAUCUGUUUACGUUGCUCCCCCUCGGUGAAUUUGACAGUUCUGGGGUCGUUGUUCCGGGUAUCAGGCAUACUAUCCCCUCAGAGGGUUGGGUCUUGCCGCAAAAACUACUCAGACGGGUCUUCCAACUAUAUGAGUGUAAUUCCCGGCAAGCACCCAGUUUCAAUGAUUAUUGUCGAGGUGUGGUCGGUCGUUGCCAUUAUCUUGUGGAACAAUGGGGUUGGCGAAAGUCCAAUGGCAUAAUAGGGACAAUCUUUGAUUUCUUUGCUGCUCGAGGUCUCUCUCAUCUGAGGAAUGAGGAAGUGUACAAAUCACCGGAAUUCCUAGAGCAUCUAGCAGGAUCUCCGUCGCUUGCUAUCGUACCGGAAGAUCGAUGUUUUCAUAUUUUUCUGAAGCUUCUUGCACUGUCUAUCAAGCGGCUUGAAAAUCACGGCCUGAUAAAAGAUGCUAGGAACAUGCUGGCAAGGGUUCUACCAAAUCACAAUCGACAAUAUGAGAAGGAGAAAGAUAUCCAUGAGAGUGAAUUGGCUGCACUGAGAAAUCAUCAUGAUCUUCUCUGCACACUUUACUGGGCCGCACCGCCAAGUUUACGGCCUUCUGUACAGACGAUUGAAAAACUGAUAACACCAGGUAGUUCUCACAAAGAAGCGUGCUUAAUCGGUUUACGAGCCUGGAGCCAACUAUCACGAUUCGUGAUCUCUUCGGAAGAGGACACUAACGGAUACAAACCGUUUGCUGAUUGGCAGAAAAACAUUUUUCAACAGGCAAUAGAACAGUACUUGUCAGCCGAAUCGGAUAUUCAACAGCAACUCUUAAAUAUGUCUAAAGAUGCUUCGAGAAAUAUAAGUCGAGAUAUGGUCAACGCAGUUGUGAGGCUGAACAGGAAAGGCGCAAUGGAUGUAAUACACUUCUCAAUGAAGGGAUUCUUGAGUGUCAUUCGACUCGCCCCGACGCUUGGUGCCAUUUCUUUUGCGUUGAAUCAUUAUCAACUAGACCAAGUUUUUACUCGUUUCCCAUUCUCGUCAGCAGACUUCGACUGGGGUAGCUUGCGGGUUGCCCUAGAUAUUGUCGAAUACUACGUUACUCGAAUCGAAGAAUUUUUCAGCCAAGGUCCGGUCCCAGCCGAUCACUCAUGGCAUGGAGAAGAUGCUAUUAUGCUUCUUGAACGUAAAAUGACCAUCCCUUUCGUCUCGAUGACUCGUACUAUUGUUGGUAUGGAGUUUAAAGACGUCGGGCUUGGUCCUACGAGUGAUCGAUCUAUAUGCAUGGAACAGGCCGUAUUACUUUCUGGGCGGCUGGCAGCCCGACUAUUUCACGCCCGACUUUUACAUGUUUCCCAAUUUUUUACAUCCGGAAAGUAUAGUUUAUUCCAGACUAUGCCAAAGGCUAUUAAUUCCCCUUCAAGGAAAUAUCACGCCCUCUUCCUGGCCAUGCUAAUUGAGCAGGACGUGGAUGAUUUUAAGGAUCUGAGUGGCUCGAUUCUAGAACUCUUCCUAAGGGAACUUGUGAAACCUUGGAAAUUUCUGGCCUAUGAGAACCGUCUUGCUCUUGCAAUUAAACGUCAUGGAGAUCCAUAUUUGAAGGAUGCGGUUAUAGAAAGUGGAAACAACCCUGACUACAAUUCAAAUAGGGCAUUAUUCAGCUAUGCCGUUGCCAUGAUGCGUAAGACGCUACGGUUUACGCAGCUAAGCCGAAAACAGCAACUGCAAUCGCAGUUCUCGAAGGCUCUGAAGAAUACAAUGGAUCAAAUGAAGCUUGAUCUAAAGUCGAUCACAUUGGACUCCCCCGAGCACGCGGAUUAUAUCGAGUUUGUUCGGUCAAUCGUCACCGUGAUUAGAUCACAGGACCUCUGCCCUGUAGACUCAUAUUUCUACCAGAUCAGCCGGGAAUAUUCUCCCUCUAGCCAAGACCCCCGCCUACAAAUAGCAGGCAUACUGUCGUGGGGUCUCAAGCUAGAAGAAGGAGAUAACAAGGCAAUACCUGGGCUAUUCUAUCUCCUGUUCCCCAACUUUAAGCUGGCACUCGCCAAUGGGCCCCGCGAUGACGGAAGUAAGCCCGAGAAAGAGAACGGAGCUGGAGAGAACGACAAUGGGGACGAAAACUUAUUCGGGGAGAAUACUUCGACAACAGAUGGGAAGAAUCAAGGUCGGAAGAGGCCCGGAAAUGGUUCCUUGAAGUCUCGCAUCGUGCGCAAUCGGAGACCUGAAGAGCUACCCCCUGUUCAUGUGCCCAAGUCGUUUCUUUCCAAGGCUAUUAGUCGUUCUGGAGAUGCGAAGAUGCAUUCUGGACUUAGCAAGAUUAGUGAGAAGGAUGCGCGUAUUAUGUUGGAGGAUGCAUUAUUCCAUUCGCCAAAGGAGCGAAUGUUGGAUGCGCAUCUCGCUUAUCUAGUCGAAGCUACGGCAUGGACCGAUGAGACGCUAGCUGAAGUUCGACAAAUCCUAGAUUCUGACAUAGAUGCGGAUUUGAUAGAAAGAAAGGGGAAUGUCCUGGUUGCUGCAGCUUUCUGGGCCGCAGUCAUGUCGGCUCGGACAACUCACGGAAAGAAGGCGGUCGAUCAGUUACAUGAGCAGAGUCCGGUUUCAAACUCGGGGGAUCUACUCACAGCUCUCACGUACGGAAGGCUAUUUGCCGCGGGAGAGGAUCUGCCACAACUAAGCCAUGCUAAACAAAUAAUUGACAAUGCGUUAAACGACUCUCCUCUGGAAGCGUCUACGGUUAGCUGGUUUGAGGAGGAACUGAUCGAGGACAUUGUAGCCUCCGUCAAUGCGGAUUUGUUAAUAAAAGCCCCAGAAAAUGUCAAGCUCGCAGAUUUACGACGGCCUAUUACAAUCAUUAAUACACCGGAAAGCUCGGGGUAUUUCGUACCCCACGACAUCUUAUGCCACGUUGCUACUAAGUUGGAAGCUGAUGUCCUACAUCUAAAGGCUUCUGAUAUUGCGUACAUCGUUGGUAGCUACCUUGGCCAAGACGCUGUAAGAGCGCCCGGCGCGAUAUCACAACUAGGAUAUAAAGCUGCGGAGAAUAGCGGAAAAUUAAAACAAAAUCGUUCCGCUGAGGAAGCGGACGAAUUCGAGGAUGCUAGGUUGCCUUUCAUCGUGCGUGAUGACGGACGUAGGAAAGAGAGUAAGAAUUACUUAGUACUAAUGGACGAAUAUCUAAACGGGUCAACCCGAAGAAAAGACGACGAUCUCUGGAAGGACCUCAAAUUGAACGCGGUGCUGGAAGAGCUUGUCCACUGCGCCGAUUCCGAACUCACCGAGCAGAGGCCGCUCAUCGUUCACAUUAAUGACUAUAACGCCAUCAAUAUGGACACAGCAUGUGGUGCCAUGAUCAUAGCCAAGCUUCGAAAAACCAUCGAUGCACUCUGGGCAGAUGGUCGAAAAAUCGUGUUGGUCGGGUCUUGUUCAACUAAGGGCGCACCAAAGCCUUAUAUCAGCAACCUGAGAGAACUCGAAGCAUCGGAACGCGUGAUUACUCUCCGUCCAGCUACGGAAGAGUAUAUAGCGCGAAGCGCAUUGACAAGCGGAAUUAUGUCCGAUACUACAAGUGUAAGGGUAAAUAAAAUCAUAUCCGGGGUUAGCAGUGCAAUGGCAAGACGAAUCAUGUUUGAGAGCAAGCGCCAGUAUUUGGAAGCAAGGGAUUUUAUAAAAGAAAACGAGGAAAAUCUUGUGAGAAUAUUAUCAUCCAUGAUUGAGCCUCCCUCCGAAUCCCCAGUAGCGACAACUGGGGAAAUUAAGUUAAGUCAAAUUGACUACAGAAAACUACCAGAGUCAUGGACGAAGAGUAUUUUGCCUCUUAACGAGGUGUAUCGCAUCGCAACCAUGAUGAUUGGUUACUCUAAGGAUCCGAGCGAUGUAUUUAACAUUGAAUCCUUAGAACGAGUUGUCGACAUAGUCGAAAGACAUGAGAGGUUAAGAGACAGAUAUGCCAAGAUUACAGCGGCAGGGGAAAAGAAUCAGCGAAGAGAAUCGAAAGAGUUUAUCGACGCACGCAAGCUCCUCUCCUCAGAAGAGGACCACGAAGAGAGGCUUGAAUCAGGUCUUGUGAAUGCACAGGAUAUUCGCACUACGUUUCAGGAUGUCCAUGCACCGAAGGAGACGAUCGAGUCGGUUAAGAUGCUAACUACGCUUUCUCUGAUCCGACCUGAAGCUUUCUCUUAUGGUGUCCUUGCUACGGAUAGAAUCCCGGGGUGCCUUUUAUACGGACCUCCCGGCACGGGCAAAACUCUAUUAGCAAAGGCUGUGGCUAAGGAGAGCGGGGCUAAUAUGAUCGAGAUUUCGGGUGCGUCUAUCAACAACAAAUUCGUUGGUGAGAGCGAGAAGAACGUGCGGGCCCUAUUCCGGUUAGCCAAGAAGAAAGAGCCGCUAGUAAUCUUCAUCGAUGAAGCGGAUGCGCUUCUCGGCGCUCGAGGCAGACGUGACUUAGGCUCCCGCCGUGAGACAAUCAACCAAUUUCUACGCGAAUGGGAUGGAAUGGACAAAACAAAGGCGUUCAUCAUGGUAGCAACGAACCGGCCAUUUGAUCUAGAUGAGGCUGUGCUUCGACGACUACCCCGUAAAUUACUAAUCGAUCUCCCGCUCGAGGCCGACCGUGCAGCAAUCCUCCGAAUCCACCUCAAAGACGAAGCCCUAGACGAGGAAUCCGUCUCAAUCGAAAACAUCGCCAAGCGCACGCCUCUGUACUCAGGCUCGGACCUCAAGAACGUGUGCGUGGCAGCAGCUAUGGCGGCUGUUAAAGAGGAGCUUGAGCUAGAACAGCAACAGCAGCAGCAGCAAGAAGAUAAGCCCGAGGAGAGUAGCGACAGCAUGAAGAGACGCGUGCUCGCGGCCCGGCACUUCGACAAGGCGCUCCAGGAGAUCGGGGCCAGCGUGUCCGAGGACAUGGCGACGCUGACGGCGAUCCGCAAGUUCGACGAGAAGUACGGGGAUGGCGGGGCCGCGAAGCGUCGCAGGCGUAAGGGUAUGGGGUUUGGGGUGGGGCCGGAGACGGUGGAUGCGUUGGAGGCUAGGGUUAGGAGUGGGAGGUACAUCGCCAGGAUGUCAGACUACAUCGAAGAAGGCUUUGACCUCGGAGACUUUGACCCCGGCAUGUUGAGCCCUGACGAAUUUACUACCUACCUCGAUGACUUGGACAACAUGCCUCGUCUCAUUGGACAAGAAGAGCAGGAACCAGCUCUCGACUUCUCUCUGCUGCCUGACGCUACUGCAGCUCCCAUGGAACAGUGA